AUGGGCUACCGGACGGGGUUGAGCCUCCUCGCGGCAGCAUGUGCCUCGCAGGCAUUAGCACACACUGCAGCAGAUGCCCCAUGGGCUGGAGUCCUGCAGGCAGGCAGCGAUGUCGCUGCAGUGAGCGCCAUUGGGGGACUUGCCAUGUCCCUCUCCCUGAUCCACAUCUAUGUGGCGCCCAUCAAGCGAGCCCUGCAGGCCUUGGCCGCAGUGGGGGCAGUGGGGGCAGCCUGGGUGGGUUUGACCCAGGGCGGACCCCUGCUACAGACCCUGGAGUUGCACCCGAUCUACCUGCUGGCGGUGGGUCCGGCCGCGGCCGCGCUCACUGGCGUCUGCUUCAAGGAGGCGCUCUGCUAUGGCAAGGCCGAGGCAGCGGUGCUGAUGCUGGGCAUCCCCGUCCUCUGCCUCGGACACCUGACCGGCUUGCUGGCAGGGGGGCUUGAGCUGGCGGCCGCCGACAUCGUGGCAAUCUUCCUGGUGCUCUUUGCGGCGAGGAAGUGGACCCAGCCCGUGUCUGAUGACGUCGGGGACAAGAGUGUUUUCGAGUACCUGGCCAAGCAGGGAGAUGGUGCCGAGUUGUGA